AUGGGCAAACUGACAGAGGACGUGAAACAGCUGAUCUACAGGAAGAAGGGAAUUGAGGACCAACUUCAACUGAUCGAUCACCUGCGGCAACUUGGGGCGGCGUAUCACUUUAAGGAGGAUAUUAAGGAUGCUUUAUGGACUAUAUACGAUUCCAUGGAAGAGGUGAGCAUGUUGCUGAAGGAUAAUCUUCAUGCCACGGCUCUUAUGUUCAGGCUUCUCAGAGAACAUGGGUUUGCUGUUUCUGAAGGUGUAUUCAACCGAUUUAUAGAUGAGAAGGGCAACUUGAAAGCCAGCCUUCGCCACCAGACUGAAGGAUUGGUGAGCUUGUACGAGGCUUCCCAUCUUGCAAAGGAAGGAGAGCACGUGCUGGAAGAAGCUAUAAACUUCACAACUAAACAGCUCAAGAGCCUCAUGGAGGGAUCACUUGAGCCUCAUCUCAGGGAGCACGUAACCCAUGCCUUGGAGCUUCCACUGAACUGGAGGAUGCCGAGGUUACAUACCAGGUGGUUCAUAGAAGCAUGCCAAAGGGAAGCUAACAUAAACCCUGUCCUACUUGAAUUGGCUAAGUUGGACUUCAACAGAGUUCAGAGCAUACAGCAGAGGGAACUCAGAGAAGUGUCGAGUUGGUGGAGCAAUCUUGGCCUGGCGCAGAGGCUUCCAUUUUCGAGGGACAGGUUGAUGGAGAGCUAUUUCUGGACGGUUGGCUGGGCUUUCGAGCCACAGUUUGCAAGAUACAGGGAGGCGCAGACAAAGGCAAUCUGCCUGUUAACAAUAAUAGAUGAUGUGUAUGAUGUUUACGGCACCAUGGAUGAGCUCGAACUUUUCACGGAUGCCGUCGACAGAUGGGAUGUUAAUGCAAUGGACAAAUUGCCAGAGUAUAUGAAGAUAUGUUUUCUAGCCCUCUUCAACACUACAAAUGACACCGCGUACAAUGUUAUGAAAGAGAAGGGUCUGGAUAUAAUUCCACACCUUAAAAAAGCAUGGGCAGAUCUAUGCAAGGCAUACAUGGUGGAAGCAAGGUGGUACAACCAAGGCUACACACCCAAUUUUGAAGAGUACUUGGAGAACGCACUAGUAUCGAUAGCGGGUCCCCUGGCAUUGACUCUUGCUUAUUGCACCAGUGACGAUGUAACUCGAGAGGCCUUGGACGGUUUCCAAAGCUGUCCUGAGAUUGCAAGAUGGUCAUCAAUGAUCUUUCGACUUUGUGAUGAUUUGGGUACUUCCAAGGACGAGCUUCGAAGAGGCGAUGUGCCCAAAUCUAUCCAGUGUCACAUGCAUGAGAGCGGUGUUUCCGAGGACGCAGCUCGUGAGCAUAUCAGGCGAUUGAUUAGGGGGAAUUGGAGAGCAAUAAACGGAGAUCGAAGUUUCACUUCUCCUUUUGAGGAAAACCUAAAAAUGAUGAUCAUUAAUGCCUCUCGAAUGGCCCAAUGUAUGUACCAAUACAGAGAUGGACAUGGGAAACCCGAUCAAGUGAUUGAGGAUCGUAUCAGGUCUUUGUUGAUUGAACCUAUACUUUUGUAACGAUGGAAUUAAGGAUAAUAUCAUG